GACUGGUUUCCAAUCAAUUAGCAUCGUCGCUACUCGUUGCUUUUCGGUUUGUUUCGGUAGCCAAUGGCUGCGAGAGGUGCUAUGAUGCCGCGCAGCUAUCCAAAGAAGUUGUAUGAUUGGUUGGUUGUUUGAGGCGCCAAUAUAAACAGGAAGUUCUAGGCAGUGUUGCUAACUUGACAAUUUGCUCGACAUUCCAACCCCACUUGACGAUAUACUUUGUCAAAAGUGACUAGCGACAAAUGUAGCGACUUUUUCAGGCGUCUUUGGGGAGUUUUGGGGUAUGUGGGGACUCAAAAGCGAAAGCACGUAUUGUUAUUAUGUUCUCAAUGAGCAACAGCUGGUGCUGUUGACAGUUCCACCCCGCCCAAAGGCAGUCGCAAGCCGGCAGUGUACAGUGCUCACUCCCUGGAUAAAAGAGGAGGGUGUGUUUAUAUUUUAUUUUUAGUCUACUGCAACUCUUUAUCUGUAAAAGGAAGUGGAUCAGCUGGCAAUUCUUCGGGUAAAUAAAGUAGAAAGUCUGCAGGGAGAAAAAGAGAGAUGCAGCUAUGAAUCCAGCAGAGGGUGCUGGCUCUCAUUUUCCAUUUCCAGCAGGAAGAUGCUUUGACAAGACGUGAUGUUGCAUAACUGCAUGUUUUUGUCUUUGAGGAUUUGCGAAACAAGGUGCUCGUAAAACCACUCCAGGUCCUGAGGGUCCUCUGGCCAGAUCAGUGAAGGUUGGAGAAGGAAGCCUUCCUCAAGUGACUGGACCUGGAAGAGGAAAAAGAAGGGCUGAGAAGUCUACCACGAAAGAGGAAAGCAUCUUCAGUCCUACUUGUAUGCUGAAGCUGUGUAGUCCCACCUGCAAACCGACUGCCAACGACUGACGCACGGAUUCAUGGGCAGGAACACUGCUUUGCUGUUCUUUCUCCUUCAGUGGGAUGGAUGUCUUUGGCGUCAGAAAAUAUGUCGUCUUGCCGGUGUCCUUGUGGGUCAUAAGCGCCAUAGUCUCCAUUUCUGAGGCAGCUUCUUCAGCCAGCUUGAUGUCGAUUUUGCAGUUGGUGCUGCAAGUGCUUUGAAGUUUCCUGUGUUUAGUUGAACCUAACCAAGAUGAGGCUUCGGCUGGCCAAGAGGAAUCUUUUGUUGCUUUUGGGUGUUGCCUUCGCUGUGUGGAUUUUAUGGAUUUCCACGCGCGUGCUUCCUCAUCAAGACAUGAGUGAUAAUGUGAAGCUGGACCUCGACACGAGUGAUAAUGUGAAGCUGGACCUCGACACGAGUGAUAAUGUGAAGCUGGUCCUCGGCGGAUCGCUGGCAGAGUUGACCCAGUCCAUCUACAUUGCCAAUUACAAGCAGCAUGAUCUGAACGCAGAUAGGUUUCCAUUGGUGCCCCAGCUGGUUCUGGUCGUGCAGGUCCACAACAGACCAGAAUACCUCCGACUCCUUAUCAAGUCUCUGGAGAGAGCGGCAGAGGUCCACAGAUUCCUCCUCAUCUUCAGCCUUGACUAUUUUUCUGCAGAAAUCGAGUCCAUUGUGCAAGGGAUCACUUUUUGCAAGGUGCUGCAAAUUUAUUUCCCGUUUAGCACUCAGCUGUAUCCCUCCAAGUUUCCUGGGCAGGAUCCACGAGACUGCCCAAGGGACAUGUCCAAAGAAGAUGCACGCAAAACAGGAUGUCUCAAUGCGGACUACCCGGACUCUUACGGACAUUACAGGGAAGCGUCCAUCACUCAAACCAAACAUCACUGGUGGUGGAAGUUACACUUUGUGUGGGAGCGAGUGCAGGCCUUGCAAGGCUACAGCGGCUUUGUGGUAUUUCUAGAAGAGGACAACUACAUCUUACCGGACUUUUUCCACUUCUAUACAUCAAUGAUAGAAUUCAGGAAGAACAGCUGUCCGGAUUGCGACAUGCUGGCUUUGGAGAACCAUGACGACCCUAAUGGCUUUGCCACACUGUCCAACAAGGUGUUAACCACUGGGUGGAUGUCCACCAAACACAACAUUGGCAUGGCCAUCUCCAGGGAGGUGUACUACAAGCUAAUGGGCUGCAGCAAGGACUUCUGCACAUAUGAUGAUUACAACUGGGACUGGACGUUGCAGCAUCUCUCUGGAACCUGCAUUUCCAAGCCCCUGAAAGUGCUUGUCGCCCAGGGUUCCAGGGUUCUUCACACCGGAGACUGUGGGCUGCACCAGAAGAAGAACUGCAGGCCAGAAUGGGCCUUUCAGAAGGUCAAGGAGGCACUUAAGGCAGCUAAAGAUGGCCUUUUCCCAUUAUCUCUUGUCCUUACCGCCUCUGAAGGCGCGGAACACAAGGCGCACAUGAAGAAUGGGGGCUGGGGAGAUGUCCGAGACCAUAUGCUAUGCCGUCAAAUUUCUUUGAAUGUUGAUACCAAGAUGCCAAAAAAUCAUUCAUAAAUGAUGGUGUGAGUUUGUUUCGGAAAGUUGUGUAAGUGUAACAUUUCAUGUUUAGUUCUUGCAAGCCAUUAAUUGGUCAUCCUGUCUUAUUUUUUUUAUGACUGAUAACACAGCUCUGAAGAUUUAUUGCAUUGCUUUAAGCCAGGGGUGUCCAAAGUGCAGAAAUAAUAGAGAAAAUGUAUGGAGAAAAAGCUGAAAUGUUGACACGAUUAACUAAUAAUAACACAAACGCUUUGUCUUGAGAUAUACUGUAGCUAACAUUUCAAGUAAUUUUGCAAAGUGCCCCCCCCCCUGCACUAUUUGUAUUUGCUUUUUCUGUAAAAAAGUUUGGACACCGCGAAUUUAAGCAGACAGCUCCUAUGAUCGUGUUUCUUCACCUGGCUCCUUUGUGCUCAGCCAUACAUUGAUUUGUGUGGAACUGUGCGUGUGUGUGUGUGUGGCGAGAGGGUCGUUAUCUUCAACUUCAGGUUUCACUGCAGCGUCAAUCUGGUUGAAAUAAUACAAUGCGAAGCUUGAGCAGUUGUUAAUUUGUUGUGUGUUCAUAACUGUGAAACCAGUAUAACCAGCCCUGCCUCAACAGCGAGUGUAAAUGGUUGUCGUGUGGGCGCAGAAGUGUUUUGUUGCCUGAAGAGUGAGAUUUUUCCUGUCAUCCAUUCACUCUGUAGUUGGCAGUUGACGAAUAAAGUCCAGCUUGAGACCAACCACAAGUGUUUUCCUUUCAACUGCCACAUUGGUGACCCCGGUGAACAUCCAGGCAGUGGAUGAGUGGGACUCCUUUUUGGCCGUGUCGCCCCAACUCCCGUAGUCCAGUCGUCCACUGUUGUCGGCGUGGCCGCGACGCUCGGAAGGUCUAGCAUACUGAGGCGCUGUUCCGCUUGAAGAGGAAUCACUGCUGACAACAACUGGUACUACUUCAUCAUCUGUGCAUCUUCUGUGCAGGAGGUACAAUCUGUCGGCCACAGAGACUACUUUCACUGAUGGUCUUAAAGGAAAACUGCACUUUUGGGGGGAAUGUUGCCCGUCCACAGUUCUUAGGUGAGACAUGAACACACAUCUUUCUCUUUUCUGUGCAUUCUAAAUAUUGAAAAACUGUUGGCACGAGGCAGCUAAUAAUACAUGUGUUGGGGAUUCACCUAUUCCGCCUAUAAAGCCAUUUUUUAAAAAAAAACAACAGUUUUAUUGUUUUAUAUCCAUGCUGUGACCAUGUAGUAACAGGUACAUUCAUAACAUGUAAUACUUACAGUAUUUUGCCUUUGCUCCCUCCGCCCUCAUGUUGCUGUUUUUUUUUCAAGUUUUCCAAAUAUUUCAACUUUCUUGUUAAGUAAUCUUUGUAAUUCCUGUAAAAUGUAUAUUUCAUACCUAUAUUAUAACUUUUCACCAACUUAAUUUUACAAAAAUGCCAACUCUAUUUUGCUUUGUUGGUUUCUCAUAAGUAUUACAACUUAAAAUAUAACUUUUUUCCUCUAAUA